AUGUCGGCGACUCUAUUGCUGAAAUACUACGCGAAAAGGCUGCCGCUCGACGUGUUUCGCCGGGCCAACGUCUGCUGUUACCACACCGAAAGAGGCGUCUACGGAUACCGACCAAAACAGACUCGCAGGGAGGAUAAGUUGCUGAGCGACUGCAUCGUGAGUUUAAAUGAAGAUCAUGGCCUGGCGCGUCUGGUGGAGGCAUACCGAGCACAUGGACACAAGCUGGCUAAGAUUAACCCCCUGCUUCCCCAAAAGCCUGUGGUGGACAGUGUUCCUGAGAUAAGCAUGCUUACAGGCACCUUGAGUGGACAGCUCAACACUUCAGGGCUGCGCCACUUAGGCAAGGUGGAGGCUUCAGUUGAGGAGGUUCGAGCCUAUCUAGAGGAGACCUACUGUAGACACCUGUCAGUGGAGACCACUCAGCUGAGCAGCGCUGAAGAAAGGGAAUGGAUGGCUGACCGCUUUGAAGAGCUCAAGACAACCACCUUCUCCACAGAUGAGAGGAGAACACUAGCAAAGCUCAUGCUGGAAUCUCAGGAAUUUGACCACUUCUUGGCCACCAAAUUUUCCACGGUGAAACGUUACGGUGGAGAAGGAGCGGAGAGCGUGAUGGGCUUCUUCCAUGAGCUUUUCCACCAGUCGUCCCAGAGUGGUGUCACCGAUAUCGUGAUCGGCAUGCCGCACCGAGGAAGACUCAACCUCCUCGUGGGUUUGCUCAAGUUCCCACCAGAGCUAAUGUUCCGUAAAAUGCGUGGCCUCAGCGAGUUUCCCGAAACGUCACCCGCCAUCGGGGACGUCCUGUCUCACUUGACGUCCUCGGUGGAGUUGGACUAUGGGUCAGGGACCCCGCUUCACGUUACUAUGCUGCCCAACCCGUCGCAUCUCGAGGCCAUCAACCCUGUGGCUCAAGGCAAGACGCGGGCCAGGCAGCAGCUCAGGAAAGAGGGCGACUAUUCGCCUGACGAGCACGCCCAGCCAGGGGACCAAGUCAUCUGUUUGCAGGUCCAUGGCGACGGCUCUUUCCCUGGUCAGGGGAUCGUUCCAGAAACAUUGACCCUCUCCAACCUUCCUCACUACAGAGUAGGUGGGAGCAUUCACCUCAUAGUCAACAAUCAAGUGGGAUAUACCACGCCGUCCGAGCGGGGGAGAUCCUCUUUGUACUGCAGCGAUGUCGGUAAGAUGGUGAAUUGCGCCGUGAUCCACGUGAAUGGAGACGACGCUGAGGAGGUGGUGCGGGCCACUCGCCUUGCUGUUGAGUACCAGCGGCGCUUUAGGAAAGAUGUCAUUCUGGACCUCAUCUGCUACCGUCAGUGGGGCCACAACGAAUUGGACGAGCCUUUUUUCACCAACCCGGCCAUGUACAAGAUCAUACGCUCCCGUAAAAGUGUCCCUGACUCCUACUCGGAACAGCUCAUCUCCGAGGGCUUGAUGACGGAGGCCGAGUGCAGCCGGAUCAAAACUGAGUACUAUGCCUUCCUCAACGACAAGCUGGCCAACAUGACCGUGUACAGCCCUCCGCCCACCAACCUGCAGGGCCGCUGGGGGGAUCUGGUGGAGCCUCAGGCCCGAGUCACCUCCUGGGACACAGGUGUCCCCGUCCCACUCCUACAGUAUGUCGGAGCCAAGUCUGUGGACAUCCCUGAGCACAUCCAGUUGCAUAGCCACCUAGUCAAGACCCAUGCACAGGCCAGACUGCAAAAGCUUGAAGAGGGCACCAAACUGGACUGGUCCACGGCAGAGGCCAUGGCUUUUGGUUCACUCCUUUGUCAAGGUUUCAACAUUCGUAUCAGCGGCCAAGAUGUGGGGCGUGGCACUUUCAGUCAGCGGCACGCCAUGGUGGUCUGCCAAGACACCAAUGACAUGUUUAUUCCUCUCAAUCACAUUAGCCCACAGCAGACAGGGCUCCUCGAGGUGUGUAACAGCCCGCUGUCAGAGGAAGCGGUGCUGGGAUUUGAGUAUGGCAUGAGCAUCGCCCAGCCGAAGCUCUUGCCCAUCUGGGAGGCUCAGUUUGGAGAUUUCUUCAAUGGUGCUCAGAUCAUCUUUGACACGUUCAUCUCUGGGGGCGAGGCCAAAUGGCUGCUCCAGUGUGGGAUGGUGAUCCUGUUGCCUCACGGCUAUGACGGAGCUGGACCUGAACACUCCUCCUGCCGCAUGGAGCGCUUUUUGCAGAUGUGUGACAGUAAGGAGGAGGGUGUGGACGGCGACACGGUCAACAUGGCCGUGGCCAACCCGACCACCUCGGCUCAAUACUUCCACCUGCUCAGGCGGCAGAUGAUCCGAAAUUUCCGCAAACCUCUCAUUGUGGUCGGACCUAAGAUGUUGCUUAGAUUUUCCGGGGCUGCAUCCAGCAUGACGGAAAUGGCGCCAGGGACAUCUUUCAAACCCGUGUUGGGGGAUACGUCGGUCUUGCCCGAAAAAGUCCAGCGAGUGGUGCUGUGCUCAGGAAAACACUACUAUGCCUUGCUGAAGCAGAGAGACGCUGCAGCCAGGCAAGACUCUGCGCUGAUCCGCUUGGAAGAGCUGUGUCCUUUCCCGCUGGACGCACUCCAGACGGAACUUAACAAGUAUACUAACGCUAAAGAGUUUAUCUGGAGCCAGGAAGAACCUCAGAACAUGGGCCCCUGGUCUUUUGUAAACCCCAGGUUUGAGAAGCAGCUGGCCUGCAAGCUGCGCCUCGUGAGCCGACCUGCUCUGCCUGCCCCCGCUGUGGGUAUUGGCACCCUCCAUCAUCAGCAGCAAGAGGCCCUGCUUACAGCCACCUUCUCUUAA